GGCGCCUCGCAUUCAAGUGGGAAAGUCACUAAAAAGACUUUCAUUUUCGCUUUUUACGCUGAGUAACUAGACGACAUGGCUUCAAUGGAUAUUCGCAUGGAAUCGAGGAAGCAGGUGGAUGACUUCUGCCAAAAGCUCUCAAAGGAGGCAGAAGAGCUGGUUUCUAAGUUUUUCCCUCAGAAGAUCGAAGGACUGCAGAUGCUGCUGAAGUCGUCCUUCACCUGUGAUGACCUGGCGUCUCUGAAGGCCCCGCUGGACAUCCCCAUCCCAGAUCCAGCUAAAGAGGAGGCCAAGCGCAAGAAGAAGGAGGAGAAGCAGGCCAAGGAGGGAAAGAAGGACAAGGACAAGGACAACGACAGUGACAAAGAGGAUCAAGAUUCAGGGCCUCCCUGCGGUCCCAUCGGCAGCAACGAGCGGGUGGAGAGUCUCCUGCAGGAGGUCAAACCUGAGAUCCAGAUGCUGAAGGAGAAGCUGAACACGGUGUCGAUGUGGGUGCAGCUCCAGAUUCCUAAGAUUGAAGAUGGCAACAACUUUGGAGUAGCUGUACAGGAGAAAGUGUUUGAGCUGCUGACCAACACGCGUACCAAGAUCGAAGCGUUCCAGACUCAGAUUUCAAAAUAUUACAGCGAGAGAGGGGAUGCUGUGGCCAAGGCCUCCAAACAAGCCCAUGUGGGAGACUACAGACAGCUGGUGCAUGAACUGGACCAGUAUCAGUACUGCGAGCUCCGCCUCGUGGUCUUGGACAUCCGCAACACAUAUGCCGUGCUGUUCGACAUCAUUAACAAGAACUACGACAAGAUUAAGAAGCCCAGAGGAGACGGGAAAGCUCUCAUCUACUGAGACCGGAGCCGGGGCUCGCUGACAGGCUACAUCUAGUGUAGUAUGACACUCACUCCCACGAGAAACAGUUACCUGCUCUGAGGGAAAAAAAAAAAAUGUUUUUCUUUCUGUGCUUGCAUUUUGGUUCAGAUUACAAAUAAAGCAACAUGAUUCCUGUAA